AUGGAGUUGGAGUUGCCUAAUCGUUUAUACGGUGAGGGAUUGGAACCUCAGGUUAAGAAGAUUAAUAACAGCUGCCGACUAAAACUUCUCGAGUUGCUAAAAGAAAAAAUGGAACCAGAAUUCGAUGAAGUUAUGAAAGAUCCCAUUUUUUCACAGAUUAUGGUUAUCCAGAAGAAUGAUUUGAAGUUUUCGGCGAGGUUGGUACACUCUUUCUUGUGUAAGGAGUUGAUGACAAGCAAGAGACAUGAGAAGUGGUUCACUUUCGCUAGGAGACCUAUGCGUUUUGGAUUGCAAGAGUAUCAUGCUGUCACUGGUCUGAAAGUGAAGCGAGAGAAUAACAGUGGGCUAGUGACAUGGAAAGACGAUAAUGGUUUUUGGAGCAAGCAGAUAAAGACAAAUGGAAAAAUAAAUUUGCAGAUCAUAAAAAAGAAGCAUUUGGAAGAGAGCAAUACCUGGACUUGGGUUGAUAGGGUGAGACUGAUAUAUCUUUGCGUUAUUAUGGGUGUGGUGAUGGGAAAGGAUGAGAAGGUGAAUAUCCCGCAUCUGUACAUGAAGUUGGCGAUGGAUUUGGAGAAGCUUCGGAAUUACCCAUGGGGUCUGUAUUCGUUUGAUUUCCUUCUGAAGCAAAUUGAUAAAAUAAGGCAUAAAUUAGAGCAGAAAGAGGGGUAUCUGAUGGAAGGAUUCUUGUUUGGUUUCCAAAUUUGGAUAAUGGAAGCUGUUCCUGCUUUAGGAGAGAUUUGUGGCACAAAAGUCAGUAAAAAUUUUACAGGUCCACUGUGUGGUAAUUGGAGAGGAUGUGCAAAAUGUUCUUAUGAAGAUAUCAUUGGCGUUGAGAACUUAUUCCCAGAAAACGGGAUUUCGCAUUCAUUCAUGGAAUCCCACAUAGAUGGAGUGGUCCUUUUGGCAACUGAUUUUGUACAGAAGGAUGAGAAGAAAGAUGAAAGAGUAGAUCGUAUUUUAGAUAUGAUCAAUAGUAAACAUGAUUGGAACAAUCAUGUUUGGGGAGUAAAAGAAGCUACAAACUCUGAAUUUGAAGAAUCUGGCGAAGAGAAAGGAGAUAAUCAAAGAGCUGAUACUGAGAGAGGUGAAAAUAGUCAUGUUGCAGGGAAUGUUGAUGGCACAGCUGAUGUUUCGGGAAGAAACAAGAGAAAGCAUGCAGACCGAGGAGCAGAGUCAAGGAAGAAGAAUGUUUUGUGCCACCUAGCUGCUUCAUCAAAAGGAAAUAUUGACACAGAUAUGAAAAAUUUCUUGGAGGAUCUGGUACAAGCUUCUUUUACUACUUUUGGGGAGAAAUUCUGUCAGCAGUUCUCGGACAGGUUGGGUAAGAUUGAGACUGAGGUUACACAACUCAGGACAGCUUCAGAGAGAACUGAGCAAUUUGAGACCGUUGUAACCGACAGAUUGGGGAAAAUUGAGGCUGAGGUUACACAGCUCAGGACAAGUUUAGUGGUGACUGAAUUGGUGGGAAAGAGUGAUCAAGCAAGCGGUCCUAGCUUGACCAAAAUCAACAGUGGUCCUAGCACCAGCAAAAAAGGCACUGCUCCAUCAAAGAAAAAGGUAACUACUAAGAGAAAGAGUUAA